AUGCCACUGCCCAAACCAAUCCCCAUCUCCAACUUCGCCCUCACCCAACAAUCCCUCCUCCUCGACGAACACAACAUCGAAAUCUCCUCCUCCUCGCUCGCCACCACCGCCGCCUCCGUGUCCCCGUCUACGCGCCGUACUCUGCAAGCGACCGGCUACGCGCUGACCGGCCUUCUUCUCUCGCAAUGUCGCACGGGAAUGGGCGGUCGCGUGGUCGGCGAGUUUGAUGCUGAUGCGGCGAUUGCGCAGAAAGGUGGCGCUGAGGAUGGGGAUAAGAAGGGGGAUGGGGAGGUGAAGCUGGGUGCGCAUGGGAUUCGUGUUGGGGAUGUUGUCAGGGUUAAUGAGAUUGGGGCUGGGGGGUCGGGAGGGAAGAAGGGAGGGGCAGGGAAGGAGAAAGCUGGUGGGAAGGAGAAGGAGAAAGGGUCCGGGGGGCCGGAGGGUGUGGUGACCAGGGUCGGAGAGAGGAGUGUUUGGGUUGCGUUUGGGCAGGUUGGGGGUGGGGGGCGGUCGAAGGAGGAUGAUGAGGCGAUUGAGGAGUUGUGGGGGAAGAAGCUUUGGUUCAUCAAGCUUGCAAACGAUGUGACGUAUCGACGGAUGAAACAGACGAUGGAGAAGAUGGUCAAAAUGACAGAAUCCGACCAUACGCAUUUCAUGCGCGUCGCGUUUGGCCAUACGACGCCGCUGCAGCCCGACUACGAGGCGAUUGGGCCCGUGGAAUUCCUCGACCCAACGUUGAACGACUCGCAAAAAGAAGCGAUCCGGUUCGCUCUGGCUUCCCGAGACAUCGCGCUGAUCCAUGGCCCGCCAGGAACCGGGAAGACGCAUACGCUGAUCGAGCUGAUUCUCCAGAUGGUCCAGCGAAAGCUUCGCGUGUUGGUGUGCGGGCCGUCCAAUAUCUCGGUCGAUAAUAUUGUGGAACGGCUGGCGCCGAAGAAGGUUCCGGUUGUGCGCAUCGGCCAUCCAGCUCGUUUGCUUCCGUCGGUUCUGGAUCAUUCGUUGGAGGUACUGACCCACACGUCGGAGGCAGCUUCCAUCGUGCGCGACGUCCGCAAGGAGAUCGACCAGAAACAGGCGAGUAUCCGGAAAACGCGGUACGGCCGAGAAAAGCGGGCGAUCUACAACGACAUCAAGGAGCUGCGGCGGGAGUUCCGCGACCGGGAGUCAAAGUGUGUGGACAAUCUCGUACGAGAGAGCAAUGUCGUGCUGGCCACGCUGCACGGGGCGGGUGGACAUCAGCUCAAGAACCAAAAAUUCGAUGUGGUGAUCAUCGACGAGGCGAGUCAGGCGCUGGAAGCGCAAUGCUGGAUUUCACUGCUGUCCGCGUCCAAGGUGGUUCUCGCCGGUGAUCAUCUGCAGUUACCCCCUACGGUGAAAUCUACGACCCAGAAGACGAAGGCGCAAGGGACCGCUGAUGAGGAUGCAGCCGACACGGACAAGGCUGGCAUUGGCAGGGUUUCACUCGAGACUACCCUAUUCGACCGAUUACUGUCGAUGCAUGGACCCGACAUCAAACGCAUGCUCACGACACAGUAUCGGAUGCACGAGUCGAUCAUGCGCUUCCCGUCCGACGAGCUCUACGAAUCAAAGUUGAUGGCUGGGGACGCGGUGAAAGCGCGUCUAUUAAAAGAUCUGCCGUACGAGGUGCAGGAAACUGACGAUACCAAGGAACCCGUGGUCUUCUGGGACACGCAAGGCGGGGAUUUUCCUGAGAAAGCGGAAGACAAGGAAGUUGGUCAGAAGGAGGCCCUGCUCGGAGAGAGCAAGAGCAACGAGAUGGAAGCCCUGGUGGUGGGCAAGCACGUGGACAAUCUCGUGCAAUCAGGAGUGAGACCUGAGGACAUUGCGGUGAUCACGCCGUAUAAUGGCCAAUUGGCGAUCUUGUCGCAGAUGCUGCGGGAGAAAUACCCCGGGUUAGAAUUGGGAAGUGUGGAUGGGUUCCAAGGACGAGAGAAGGAGGCCGUGGUGGUCAGCCUCGUUCGGAGCAACGAGGAGCACGAGGUCGGAUUUUUAGGCGAGCGACGACGGCUGAACGUGGCCAUGACCCGCCCGAAACGACAUCUCUGCAUCUGUGGUGAUUCGGAGACCAUCAGCAAAGGUAGCGGCUUUCUCAAACGCUGGAUGGCCUUUUUAGAGGAACACGCCGAUCUGCGCUACCCGGACGCUGGCGAGUUGCUAUAG